AUGGAUGAAAGAAAACAGCACCAGGGAGAAUACUGGAAUUAUGAGAAACCGAAAAGAUACUCACGCUGGACCGAUGCACUUGCGCGGACCUUUGUUGCUUUCAUCGCCGCGGCAUGGCUCAUUGUUCCCAUAAUCAUCAUGACCGUGCCAGACACUUCGAAGUGGAAGAUCCUCGGAGUUCUUAUAGGUGCUACUUCGUUAUUUGGAUUAUCUCUAGCCGCAUUUGGCACGUCCUUCAAAGACCAGGAGAUCUUGGUCGCUACAGCAGCGUAUGCUGCAGUUCUGGUGGUAUUCUACGGCAACGUGACGAACAUCCCCGGAGCCGGGUCCCAACAAGUUUCCUCAGGGAAUCCAACUGCUUGA